UUGACAUCAUGCUAACGUCAGUGGAGGUUGAGAAUAAUAAUAAUAAUAAUAAUGAUAAUAAUAAUAAUAACGAUAGCAUCAGAAACGUUAAUAAUUAUAAUAAUAAAUAUAACAAUAAUAAUAAUAAUAAUAACGAUAUGCCAAUUGUAAUAAACAUAAUCAACGAAAAUAAUGACGACGAUGAUGAUGACGAUGGUGAUGACGAUGGUGACGACAUUGGCGAUUUAGUCACCGACGACCUGUCGAACGUUCUCAUAAGCCCGAAAUUCAACAGCCUCAGUGACAUCGACACGCCGAACGCCGUUCCUGAUGAUGAUUACAGAAUUGAUGAUGAUGAUCGCAGCGUUUACGAUGACGGCGAUGAAGAUGACGUCACUGAUGACGAUGAAGAUGGCGGAGGUAGCAAGGACGAUGAUGACGAGGAGAGAGCCUUUUUUUUGAACCAAAUUUUUUAUGAAAAUAUUGCCAUUGAAAACUUGGAUUUGUGGGCUAGGGUUGUGAACAGCAAAUGGUGCCAAGAACCGUCUUGCAAUAAAAAAUUCUGCAAAAAACUCAAUAGAUUAGUUCAGGCACUGGAGAGUUACCUGGAUGCAAAUGGUAUCAUCAUCAGUACCGCCACUGAAAAUGGAAACGGUGAUGAUGAUGAUGAUGAUUACGGAGAUAGUAAUAAAUUGGAGAGAGUAUUGUUCAAUCUUUGUAGACAUAGUCUCGCCUGUGAUGAAGAUCUUUGUAAAAUCACAGAUGCAAGAUGGCCUUAUUUAGAAUCUCUCAUCUCUCACGGGAGUAAUAACAAUGACAAUAAUAAUAUCAACAAUAACAACAACAACAACAACAAUAAUAAUAAUAACAACAACAACAACAACAAUAAUAACAAUAAUAAUAAUAAUAAUAGUCGCAUUGAAUUGGUCAGGUCAAUGUUUAACAGGAACUACACCAGGACCAUCAGCAGUCAAGCAGUCUACGACCUGCACAAUCACAGCAACCGCAUUAACAACAUUAAUAAUAAUAACCGACCUGAUUACCCUCUUGACCUAGUUUGCAAAACCAUGCAGCCAAUCGUAGGCAGGGAUUUCGUCAUCGAUGGCUGUGGUAUUUGUGGUGGCUUCAGGAAGCUUCAUGCCACCAGUUACGCAAUUAAGAGGCCAUUUUGUUUCACCAUACGUGAGAUCUCUUGCUCGGCUCACGAUGAUCAUGACGCAAAUGAUUAUGUCACAGUUCAGCUCGCGAGGUUGAGGAACGUUACCCACAAGAACAUGUUCCCUCUCUACUGGACCGGAUUGACUGACUGUAAGACACUCAUCCAAUACGUUCACUACGAUUACGGUUACCGUGAGUUUGACCCAGAUUUCAUAAAGGGAUUCGUCGCCCUAAGAAAGCUCUUCUCUGAUUGGCUGGCCGUCUCGGGGCACCUAAUUAAUCAUGCAGAAUUGUACUAUUUGAACUGGCAGAGCUCUGCAAUGUCUUACAAUUAUUAUGAUAGAAAUGUCCGUCUUCAUGAUUUCUCGCUGGUUGCUUCAAUCACUCAACCGAUGACAGGGAGGCAGAAGAGAUUUUUUUACCUGGCCAUACCCGAGAUAUCUUUAGAAGGAAUAAGCGAGAGGUCAAUAUGCAGGGGCAUAUGUUCCCUGAUGUAUCAAUGUAUCUAUGGCAAGAUAUACAGGCAGCAACAACGACAAAAUUCCGAAUUAGAAAAUGAAAGAAUGGCCAAACUGAUUGAAGUUGUUUCAUCAGUGCUUACGAAAAAAGAUGGCUAUGGUACCCUCAGUCUGCGAAGACUCGCUGAUGUCCAAGUACUUGAGAUGAGGUUAAACACGGACAAGACACCUGGUUCUGCGGUAAAAUUGAGAGAGGGAAUUGGCAGGCCCUGA